GGAAACAUCUAGUCCGGCGGUCCACUACCACUGACAGAAUACAUCUUGUCCGGCGGUCCAGUACAGAGACAGGGUACAUUUACUUCGUGCAGAAUUCCGUCAUCUGAGUCUGUUCCGGGUAUUAGUUUGGAUCUCAUGAACAACAAGUGGAGAGCCAAUUUACGCAAAGACAGUCGGAGGAAUUCGUGUGAAUAAAUUUAUUCUACCGGAAAUUUGGAACCUUGGCUCGGAUUUGUCUUCAGUAUUUUUUGUCGUCCUUGACGUGGACUGUGGAAUUAACAUUUUUCUUCUAGGAAAGUUUUUGUUAGAUUUGCAGUUCAACGGUAAUGUUGCCAAUGGACAGGAUGAGUGUGCGGUCAAUGUUUCAGAUAUGCUGGACAGUGUCCUUUCUGUCGUAUACAGCAAGUAUUGUAGUGAAUUAUACAGCGGACACUCUACCAACUUCGUUUCAAUUGACAAAUUAUUCAACAGAAGCCACACAUACAACGACCCCUAGAUCGACUGAUCCGAAUGAGGAUGUCGUAGCUAUGUUCUUGGAGCAAGUAGAAAAAUACGAACAAAACAAAGAAAACUGUACAACUGGUACUCAGUACAACCUCGGAAAAGGUGUUAUCCAACAGUAUGGUAAAAACAGAUUCAAACCACAGGCACUUGUGUCCGUCAACCGCGCUAACUUUCUGACUAGAAUUUGGCGCGAGGCAGAUUCGAAAGUGGUCGAUUCGGAAUACCUCUUUUAUUCUCAAGUGCGCAACAUGUUGGAAGGUGAUCCCGAAAUUUUUGCCGCAGGAAACUGCUACGAUUUUAAGGAAUUUAAAAAUUACGUUAUGUAUUGUCCGUACGCAUACCGUACGGAUGAUGGAACAAUUAAUGUGAAGGACCUGUCCAUCGCGUAUCCUUAUCUGGGAAAUGAUUCCGAGUGGUUCCAUUCGGCUCGUAUGCGAGCCAGCAAAGUUCACAACUUCAACUACACUAUAGGGACUACAGAGCCUCGUUAUAACCAGACCACCCAUCUGGAAGCUGUGACAGACAAGGUGAUCACAGUAACUUAUGACGACGGACACUGGUCACGCCCCUACUUUGAUUGUGGGGGCGGUUACAUAUGGAUGAUGACAUAUACGGUUCCAUUUUUUGGCUUCAAAGACGGAAAGUUCAAGUUCAAAGGAACGAGUGGCAUCGAUAUAGCUUUACAAAAAGUGGACAUUGACCAGUGUCCACAGCCAGAAGGAGCCACGGAACCGAAUGUUUUUGCUGGGUCGGCUAGAUGUAAACCCUCCACAACAAGGUGUGAACCACUUCCACGACUGGGCUUCCGUAGAGGAUCAUACAAAUGUGUUUGUCUCGAUGGAUAUUACUUUCCGAACCUUGACUCACCUCAUCGCUACUUCAACGGCACCGAAGUAGAAUAUGAGUACGCUAAGAAGACAAGGGGCGAGGAGAACGUGUAUGACGUAUCGUUCGAGUGUCUGCCGUGCGCAGCCGGAUGUGACACAUGUGAGGACCCCUCACCCUGUAUCCUCACUCUCAAUUGGAUACAGCGUAGCGUCGUUCUGGGUGUCUCGGGGCUCAUCAUGUGCUGCAUACCAUUGCUGAUAUGGUUUACAGUACACUACAGGGAUGUCAAGGUCCUGAAAGCAUGUAGUCCUGUCCUGAUGAGAAUCAUUCUUGUUGGGGCAUUCCUUUUGUAUUGCCCGUUAAUUGUUGGAUACUUCGAAGCAACCGUCAUCACUUGUAUUUUGAGAUUCUGGUUCAGAGAAAUCGGAUUUUCAAUAUCCUACGGAGCCCUACUUUUGAAAACAUGGCGAAUAUCCGUUGUCUUCCGGGUGAGGUCGGCACAACGUGUAAAAAUUUCCGACGCAGACCUCAUAAAACGUCUUCUCAUCAUCAUUUUCAUCUGCGCAGCGUAUCUUACUGCGAGGACCAUAGCGGGCACGCCGAGGGUUAUAGAAGGUCGUAAUGUAGAUGACCUGAAGGCUUUCCAAUGUUCAGCAGAUUGGUGGGACCAUUCGGCAGCUAUAGCGGAGCUAAUAUUCCUACUGUGGGGGAUUCGCCUGUGUAUUGUCGUAAGGAAGGCGCCUUCAGAGUUCAACGAGAGUCGCUUUAUAAGCUGGGCCAUCUACAACGAGACACUGCUUUCCUUAUUUCUAAAUGUUUCCAUGAUAUUUUUACAAGAUCCUUUUCCGACGAAUCCGGACUUACUCCUCCUAGUUCUCUUUAUACACACACAGCUUACCACGACUGUUACAUUAGCAUUUCUGUUCGGAAGUAAGGCCUACCUGGUUUACAAAGGUUACAAGGGCGAAAACAGUAACCAUUCAACGAUGAUAAGCAAGAGUUCCAAGCAGCACCUCAACUCUAAUAAGCCCUCUUCGACCCUUAACACCUCCGUAUGUAACUCAUCUUGCAACUAUAACUACACAGAGAAAGGAGACGAAGCAGAAUGUGAAAGCUUGCUAGAAAAAGAUAUUCAGGAAGAAUUUCGGCGCCUUUACACUCAACUAGAGUUCUUAAAGCAAAGGAAUAUGAAAAUAGGAAAUAGACAUCUCCAACAUAAACUUUCUGCAAUGACUGAAGCAGCUCAGAAGGAAGAUUCACCCAAUUCAUCGCCCUCUUCCCCAAGUAUGAACGGGAAGCGGGUGGUUAUCAAUUUGGACUCGUUCAAGGAAGCAACGACCUUAUAACACAUCUGUCCUGUUUCAAACGUGAUGGAUUGGUGUCUGUAUUUCUAGAAGAAGACAUUUAAGUGGCUAUAUAUGUUCAACUUCAUAGAACAGAGACGUCAACAAUCGCUAAGUACGAACAGAAUAUGCAUUUGUUGUGAUACGAAAUCAUUUUGAAAAAUGACUAAGAUUUUGAAAUUACAAACAUUUAUGCUGUACGAAUCAGUGUGAAAUCGUUUCCGUGCACUGCUAUUUAAUAAUCAUAUAUACUUUAAUAUAUAACAUGUUUCUGCAAUAUAUAGUUCCGAAAUGUAUAGAUAAAAGGUGAGGUUUCAUGAACAGUGAAUAAAUCAAAAGUAUCCAUGGUUAUAACUCAUUGUGGGUCAUGCUUCAUGGAUGGAAAUCCACCCAGUACAGUAACAUGGUAUUGGUUCCUUGUUUAUAAUCACAUAUUUGAAAAUUUAAAAAAAUUGAUGUAUUUGUGGUUUCAAAUUUCUGUCUUGUAUAUAAUUUCUUUCUUUUUUUAAUUUCUUGAUAUUUGAAACAAAUGUGCAGUCACAAAAUUCUCAAUACAAAAGAAACAAGUCUCUUUAAUUUGUUUCUUCCACGAAUUAAGACAAGUCGGGUUAUCUUUUUCACAGUCAAACACAUUUACCAGUAUGUUUACCCCUGAAUGUAUAUUAAUGAUUAAGGAUGGUUGAAACUUUUCUGUAAUAACAUGUAUAGGUCACGAUGAAAACCAUAUAUUUUCUCCGUUUAUAUUGUCACCCAAUUAUCUUGAUAAAAUAUACUGGACAAUGAAUGCAUUUGAUUACGUGAAAAUAUCAUAAGCUUGAAUAAAACAAUGAUAUCCCCUCUAAUGAUGAUUUUAUGCAAAAUGAAUGCUUGUUAAAAUCUAACGACAGCGUAGAAAUCAUCACGAAUUAAAAAGAGCCAGAGCUUUAUUACUUGCUCUAUACAAGUUAUCAACAACACGCAUUAAACUAGAUCACAUUCCUCUUUGAGAGCUAGCAUUUUUUUUUUAUAUAUUUUUUUUUUCAUUUCUUUUCAAAUAUCGAUUUCUAGGGUUUGCUUACGUCAUAGAAUUCAAUACAAUGCCAUGUAAAUUGAACCAGGAGUGUACUAGUUGAAAUCCAAAUCGUUAAGUGUAAUAAAAGGAAUUUUCAGUAAAUUUGGAAAGGAUAUCAUAAAAUCUUGAAAUGGUAUAUUUCUGUACAUUAGGAAAGAUGCAAAACUGUAUUAACAUUUUGAUACAUUAUCUGAUUUAUUUAAUCCCCUGCAUUUCAAUGUAUACGUAGAGCUUAGAAUAUAUCGUGAAACAUGGUAACAUCUGUCGCACAAGAAGGUAACGAUUUACAUAUAUCACAACUGCACUAAAUAAAUUAGAAUACAUACAUAAGUAAUCAAAACCAAGCAAACUGUGUCUAUUAACAUAUAUGUACAUUUUUUAUGCGGUCUCGCACUUACGCGAUGUCAAUCUCGACAAAUUAGCAUGAGUAUAGAUAUAUCCUUGAUCACAAGACAAUGAUGUAACGUUUAAUGAUAUUGGCGCCAAUUUGACCUACAUUACAUCAACGCUUUCCUCGUUUUUGCUCUACAACAUUCAUUUAUGUGGUCUUGAUUUUCCGAAAGCUUUUCCACUAAUUAUACAUACAAGAAAAGCAUUUUUUAUUACUGCUUUACGUUUUAAAAUAAUAUCAAUUGCAAUUAUAACGCCUUCGUUUUAUUUAUCUUUUACUCCAAUUACAUUUGUGUCGACAAAAAUACAAUUCGACGAGCAUUCAACGGUAUCUAGUAACAUUACAUUUGUUUUCUUUUCUUUUUUAAAUUUUGUUUCUUCCUGAUCGAGUGACAUAUCAUACGGGUAAAACAUUAAGUUUACUUAUGAAUUAAUUGCCGAUAACACUGGAAUGUGUAUAUGACGUUAAGUGUUUGAUUUGUAAAAUUAUUGAUGAUUUUAAACAAGACACAAACGUGAGGUGGCAUAUCUCCUUAAGUCAUUUUUAAAAGUAUAUUUAAACAGUGUCCCUGGUUAAUUCAUUAUAUACAUUUAUAGAUAUCUUGGAUUUUUUACUGUUCUAUUUUCAAAAAUUCAAAGGCUAUGAAAAGCUAUGAUAACCAACUUGCAGUAUGUUUUUAAGAUAUUGAACAUUGGAAAUCUUGCUCUUAUUGUAUUCUUCCUUUGUCAUCUAUGCGCUUACUUCAUGUACAACCGGUAAUUAUUAAGCUGUUACUAACAGGAUGUUGUCUUACCCAACAUGGCAAUAAUAGAUAUGUAGAAACUACCGAAAUACAAUUCACGUUAUGCUUCCAUUAAUUUAUCUAAUUAAAUUGAUUAACUGUGUAAAUACCAAUAUUUAUUUCUUACAAAUAUAGACGAUAUCCUAUCUUCUCGCAUAAUCAAGUGGCAUAUUAAUACAUUGGAUUGUUUCCAAAUACGUAUGGGCCAAAUAAAUAUGGUAAUAUGGUAAAUGUUUACAUUGUUAUUCGUAAAGUUGAAAUUGCUCAUUAUAUUGAUCCCAAGCGUUAAAAUAUUUUUGAUUUUGGGUUAUGUUAAAUUUUUUCACUUAGUCAAUUACCAGUAGGAAGCAAUACGAUCCCUGUUUUCCUUUUCUUAGAUAACAUCAUGACGGUAUAUAAUUACCGUCACAUUAAUGACCAAUAACUAUUUGAGCUGGUAGACCGCAAUUUGUCUAAUUUGGGAAAUUGAUCAAAUUUGCUUUUAUAAUUUGAUAUACUAUACCGUCUGUUGUCGAUGUUAAACACAUAACUACUAAGCAUUUUUGUUUUUAUAAUUUAAUAUACUACACUGUCUGUUACAGAUGUUAAAACCAUAAACACAAAGCAUAUUUGUAAUUUUAAAUAUAGUUGUUCUUCAAAAUCUUGUUAUUUAUUAUCAAUGAGUGAUAUUCUUGAAUAAUGACUCAUUAAUCGAGAUGUUUGAUCACUAAGGUGCUAUGUACAGAUCCCAUAUGUAUACAGUGUAUAUAUAUGUGUAAAACGAUGUUAAUAGAUAAUAAUUGUACUAAUUUACCUAUUAAAACAGCUAUGAGCUGUGCAUGACUGUCAUGAUGUACAGCCUAUUAACUUUAAACCUUGUUGUUUUAAACUCGUAUGUAUCGAAUUAGUUUUACGACAUAUCAAUGAGUAUCAUAUUGGGGUUUUAUUGUUUCAUUCAUUAUUUAGAUACCCGGAAAUUUGAAUUCGAAUCUACAGUUGUGUUAGUAUACCUGAAUGCAUUCUUUGUUGGAUAUAUCGCGAAAAUUAAUGAUAAAUGUUAGUAAAUUUUUAACAUAACAUAACACAGUGCGGUAUUCAAAGUAACGAAAUACGCGUGUUUAACCUUAAGUUUAAAAAUGAAUGAUAUGUUAUCAGCAAAUCUGUCAUCACCAGUCUUGAUCAGAAUGAAUUUCACAUCAAAUUUACUGAGAAAUAAAUAAUUAUCUUUUAAUAGUUGAUAGAUAUAUAUAUUUAUGCAUGCCUUCUAAUUAACACAUAUUGACCAAACUGUCAUGCAUGCUACUUGAACAAUGUGUGUCAUUAAAUUAAAUCUUAUAAUAUAAAUGUUAGGAGUGAAAGUGUCAAUGUGUCUGAGGUGAAUGUCAUUGUGAUAUCAAUUACCAACUAUGUUAACGUAAUUAAAUGAAAUAAGUGUGAUGUAUAACAUUUGGACUUAAUUGUAGAAUUCGUGUCAUAUUGAUAAUUAUUCUCACACUGUUAUCAUCAAGCAAUGUGUCGACGUCACGUGUAUGGUUAUAUAGAUAUACAUAUUGAAUUUUGUUUAUCACGUCAAAAUGACGUCACUUCAUGCCUAAAAUCAUAUUAAUGUAAUAAUCAAAUAUGUCCAUUUGAAAUAAAGAUUCCCAUAUGCUUUUCCAAA